CAAAUUUGUGAAAUAUUCCGUCAUAAUAAUAAUUGUUACCAUUUUAUGCUAUUUACAAAAAAAAAAUAAAUAUUUCCAUAAUAAAAUGUAUCAACAAUUUUUUGCACAGGCAAAAUCUGCCAUUUCAUUUCUAUCUUCGGAUGAAUUGAAGGCUCUCCUCAAUGAUGACGCAAAAUUGGAAGAACGUGUGGACAGUGUGCUCAAAAUCUUGGAUCAAGAAAAACAGGUGCUUAUCGAUCAAAAUCGCAAUAUUGCAGAAGAUAAUGUGAAUAAAGAACCUGAAAUUAUUGAACGCAAAAGUCGAAUAAGUGAGAUUUCGGAUGAAGGAAAAUCUUUAUGUGAAAACCUUCAAGAAAUGCUAAAUGCUCUAAAGCAGAAGAAUAAUAAUAAAACACCAGACACUGCAUUAGCUCUAUUACAAGCUGCUGCUGCUGAAUGUGAAGAAAAAUCUGAAGAAAUAGCAUCAACGUUCCAAAACAAAGAAAUCACAAUUGAUGAAUACCUCGAACAAUUUAUGAUGGAACGAAAACUAAUGCAUUUACGUAAAUUGAAAAUUGAGAAAAUGGUUGAAUUAAUGCGACCAAAGUCACAAAGCAGAAAUGUUGCUUACCCACCACCAAACUUUUAUCCUCCUUUUCCAAUGCAUAUUUCAAAUCAAACAUUUCCCCAUUUUUGAAAAUUCAUAUAGUAUAAACUUUGAUGUUUUAUUUUAAAUGAGUAAACAACAAUCAAUUUUACAUUGUCCGAUAAUGAAUAAAUAUCUUAUCAAUCAAUAUCCAG